GAAGAACACACGUGCGGUGAAUGUAACUGCAGCAGCUACAAAUCUCCUCUCGUGCUUAUAUCAUUCAGGCUGCUGUACUGACGGACACGCGCAUCCUUUCAUUCACCUACAGAUCACUCUACAAAAUGCUGCGUUUAUCCACUGUGAUGAGAAAUAUAAGGCCGGUCAGCAGGGCGCUGGCCCCGCAUUUGACCCGUUCAUACGCUAAGGAGAUCAAGUUUGGAGCUGAAGCCCGGGCCCUCAUGCUCCAGGGCGUUGACCUGUUGGCUGAUGCUGUGGCUGUCACCAUGGGACCAAAGGGUCGCAACGUCAUCAUUGAGCAGAGCUGGGGAAGCCCCAAGGUCACCAAAGAUGGUGUCACAGUAGCCAAAAGCAUUGACCUGAAGGAUAAGUAUAAGAACAUAGGAGCCAAGCUUGUACAGGACGUAGCUAACAACACUAAUGAGGAGGCUGGAGAUGGCACUACAACCGCCACGGUGCUGGCCCGUGCGGUUGCAAAGGAGGGAUUUGACACCAUUAGCAAAGGCGCCAACCCCGUAGAGAUCCGUAAAGGAGUCAUGACAGCAGUGGAAACUGUUAUCAAUGAACUAAAAAGAACCUCUAAGCCGGUAACAACACCAGAGGAGAUUGCCCAGGUGGCCACCAUUUCUUCCAAUGGAGACACUGAGGUUGGUGAAAUCAUCUCCAAUGCCAUGAAGAAAGUAGGACGUAGAGGUGUUAUUACAGUAAAGGAUGGUAAAACCAUGCAUGAUGAACUUGAGAUCAUUGAAGGAAUGAAGUUUGACCGUGGUUACAUUUCUCCUUACUUCAUCAACACUGCUAAAGGUCAGAAGUGUGAGUUCCAGGAUGCUUAUGUGCUUCUAAGUGAGAAAAAGAUAUCCAGUGUACAGAGCAUUGUGCCGGCACUGGAACUUGCUAACCAGCAUCGCAAGCCUCUGGUCAUUGUGGCUGAAGAUGUGGAUGGAGAAGCACUUAGCACUCUGGUCCUAAACAGGUUAAAGGUUGGACUGCAGGUUGUUGCAGUCAAGGCUCCAGGAUUCGGGGACAACCGAAAGAACCAGCUGCUGGACAUAGCUGUGUCCACUGGUGGCACUGUGUUUGGUGAUGAUGCUAUGGGUCUGGCCAUUGAAGAUAUCCAGGCACAUGACUUUGGCAAGGUUGGCGAGGUCAUUGUGACGAAGGAUGACACGAUGCUCCUUAAAGGACGUGGUGAUGCAGCAGCCAUUGAGAAACGUGUGAAUGAGAUCACCGAACAGCUGGAAAGCACAAACAGCGACUAUGAGAAGGAGAAACUGAACGAGCGUCUGGCAAAACUCUCUGAUGGAGUGGCUGUGAUAAAGGUUGGAGGCACUAGUGACGUUGAAGUAAAUGAAAAGAAAGACCGUGUCACUGAUGCUCUGAAUGCCACUCGAGCUGCUGUGGAGGAGGGAAUCGUUCUUGGUGGAGGAUGUGCCCUCCUGCGCUGCAUCCCAGCCCUGGAUAACAUCAAACCUGUCAAUGCUGAUCAGAAAAUAGGUAUCGACAUUAUUCGCAGAGCCCUGCGUAUUCCUGCCAUGACCAUUGCUAGGAACGCCGGAGUUGAGGGCUCUCUGGUGGUUGAGAAGAUCUUACAGAGUGCUCCAGAAAUCGGAUACGAUGCUUUGAAUGGAGAAUAUGUCAACAUGGUUGAAAAGGGAAUUAUUGACCCCACAAAGGUCGUAAGGACAGCACUCUUGGAUGCUGCAGGUGUUGCUUCUCUCUUGUGUACCGCUGAAGCCGUCGUCACGGAAAUUCCCAAGGAGGAGAAGGAAAUGCCUAGUGGAGGAAUGGGUGGUAUGGGAGGCAUGGGAGGCAUGGGUGGCAUGGGCUUCUAAACCACUCUUUACUGACUAUAGAGAAAGGGUUAUGAGCGGGGGACAUGAUUCGCCCCUUUCUUUCAACUUGGAGAAACCUGCCGAUACUGAGUGCUGGUACUUUUGUCACGGAGCAAAGAUACGAACCUUAAACCAAUCUCCCUUCCUUCCACCACUGUUGAUCUCAUCUCUGCUCAUGAUUGAAGACAUGAUUCAAUUGCUUAAAGACAUUCUCCUGAUAAUGUUUGUCUGCUUGGUUCUUUAACAUUGUGUCAAUUGUUUCCAUCCAACCAUUCAAAUGCCAAACAGUGCAUAUGAGAACUGUUGCUGUUGUAGUGUUUGAAUGCAUAUAACUGGUUCUGAAUGACCGUAAAGCCAGACGUUCAGGUUAAAGUCUGCCUCAAGCUAGAAAGCAGCAGAAACCUUGACCAGUUGUAUCAAAGAAUUCCUUUUCAUUAAUUGUCAUUGUUUUGUACACUGUGUUCAUUAUUUCAUAUAAAAAUAAAACUGUCAUUUGAUGAUUACA